AUGGCACUGCAACUGACAGACAAUGAUUCUAUCCAUGGCCACUUCUCAAGUCGCGUCAUUUCUAACGUCGCACUGAACAAGCCAACUACCCAAUCAUCGACCUUUAAUGCUUCCUCACUGGCCGUGGACGGAUUUGUCGACCCUCCAACAUACAACAGAUUGAGAAAUUUCACCGUAGAAUUGUCCAAAACGAACACGUCUGACGUGAGAGGCCAUUUACUGGACGCCAUUUUGUGCUACAACUUCACCGAGUCACCAGCUCCCGGCGACGACGUCAUCACUUUACCAUGCCCACGUGACACGACCGGCCGUUUUCUAAGGAUCUCCAAAAAGGUUGAAAUCCUUGACGACGCUUUGACCUUGUGUGAGGUUGUUGUUGAAGUAUCCCGGGAUGAAUGCAAUUUGGCUGACAUAGCAUUAAAUAAGCCGGCGACCCAGUCGUCUGUGGGAUACGAAGGAGCCGCAGGACGGGCCGUGGACGGGAAUCUCAAUCCAGACUACGAAGCUAGGUCAUGUACACACACGCACCCCAUAGACAAUAAACCAUGGUGGCAGGUGGACUUGGGAGAUGUCUACAGGAUCAACCGUGUCUCAGUUCAAAAUAGAGUAAAAUAUGGUUACGAGCUGGAAAAUUUCGUAAUAGAAACAUCAGAGACGAACGUCAUGGGGCCAAAUGGUCAUCUUAAAAACAGCAAGCUGUGCUACAAUUACACUGAAGCUCAAGUACCUUCUGGUGAACUGAAGACACUGCCUUGUCUCACUGACACUUUCGGCCGCUACCUCAGGAUCACAAAGUCAUUGAAAGUCUUAAUGAUUUGUGAAGUCAUCGUAGAAGGUGAUUAA